UUUCCUUUUUAGGCCAGGCAGUGUAUUUCUACUAAUUCAGAAGUAGUUUUGAUGUUGUUCCUCUGACACCGAAAGAUACAUUCAACCCAGAAAGGCGGUUUCUCCGCUACUUUUUGGAAAAUCAAGGCAGGUUAUGAUGUAAUUAAUCCUACAGGGGGCAGCUUAAAGCUACAGAGCUUUGACACAUAUUCUAAUCAACUUCCUUAUUGCCAGUGUUUUACAAACAUUUAAAGUUGAAGGGAAACUCAGCAGUUCAUUGGAGCAGCUCAUUCGUGUUAUAGUUCUGGCCAAAGCGUGUGAUCAAGUUCUUUGUCCUAAAGGUGGGCAUAAGAAUGAAACCUUCAAAUAGCUCCCCAUGGGUCCCUGAGCAGAGUAGGAGAGAGGGAUAACAGCGGGGCAAGGCGAGUCAAAGACCGCCAGACGCUCAAUUCAUCACGGAGAGCCAUCGAUGAGGAAGUGCAGCUCACUGGAGCUGCUCUGUGCGGGAAGACAAGCCGCUCUGCUCGGUGCGGAGAUCGUGACCCAUCGAAAUGUGAUGAGAUGUCUGAGGGAUCGUGUCAGUGAUCAUGUGCCUUAUUGGCACCGAGCCGGUGGCUGCUGAGCCGUAAGGUGUGUGGAGUGGAGGGGGAAGUAAAGCUGAGGAGGAGGGGUGGACAGCCUGGCAGACAGGUGCACUCCUCUUCUCAAUCUUCUUUCAUUUUCUGUCGGUCCCGUUCAGCCACUGCAUGAGCCAUGGACAGCCGCAAGGAGAGCGACACAAGAAAACAGCCGAUGAAAUCCAAAACGUCGAAGGAGCAGAAACAUAAAAGUGGAAAGUUCGUCAGGAGGAAAUCGCUGCGUUCUUUUGGGAAUUUCAUGGGAAGGAUCCUGAAAACUUUGGGCACUUUAGCGCACUUGGGCGACGCAGAGCCGCCGGACGCGGAGGAGGACGACGGCGGCUUCGUGCGGAGCGCCUCGGGCGGCUUCAGGGACGAUUUCUCGCAGACCUCCAGGGAGGGAGCCGCGAAGAGGAGCUCCGCGGUGUCCUCCUACCACGGCUCGGUGAAGGAGAGGCUGUCGUGGUGCUACGGCGACAAGACUCCCGGCGUGUUGGGACUGAAGAACCACGGCAACACCUGCUUCAUGAAUGCCGUGGUCCAGUGCCUCAGCAACACGGACCUGCUGGCCGAAUACCUCGGGCUGGGGCAGUACAAGUCGGAUAUUAGCAGCGGGAGGACGAACGGUGAGGUGAGGGCGGAUGAGGCGCGGAGCUCCGAGGGUGAAGUAACCGAGCAACUGGCGUCGCUGGUUCGAGCGCUGUGGACGCUGGACUACACCCCGCAGAUGUCUGGAGAGUUCAAGAGCAUAGUGUCAAAAUACGCCUCUCAGUUUCGGGGGAACUCUCAGCAUGAUGCACUUGAGUUUCUCCUCUGGCUGCUGGACAGAGUUCAUGAAGAUGCCAAUCCAACUCCUGACAACAACAACAGCAGCAAGACCAAAGCCAGCAGUAAGGCGACCAGUGCGUCAGAGAAUCCUUCCAGUUUACCCAGCACACAGCAGCCUCGGGGUCGCCACAGCUUUGUCCAGGAACACUUUCAGGCUCAGUACAGGUCUUCCCUGACGUGCCCUCACUGCCUUAAGCAAAGCAACACCUUUGACCCAUUUUUAUGCAUCUCUCUACCGCUUCCCCUGCGACAGACCAGGCCGCUGUGUGUGACGCUGGUGUUCAGCACAAAGGGUCAGAGGUACCUGCGGGUGGGGCUUGCUGUGCCUCUGUUUGGUUCUGUAUCCUCUCUGAGAGCCAUGGUAGCAGCAGAAGGCAGCAUCGCUCCCGAUCAGGUCAUCCUGUCCGAACUUUACUCCACCGGUUUCCAGCGUUCCUUCUCAGACGACGACGACCUGACCGCCAUCGCCGAUAGCGACGUCGUCUAUGCCUUCCAGGCUCCUCCAAACAGCAGUCGUGGAGGCUCUGUUCCUCACUCAGGGUAUCACCACAGCCUCCCAUCAUCUCCAUACUCAUCCACCACAGGGCCCAAUGGUCAGAAGUUACCUGCAUCAGGGCGACUCUCGUCAGAGUACCUGAAUCAGAGCAGCUCCUCCAAGGUUCUCCUGCUCAUGUGCAACACGACUGGGUCUGGACAGCAAGCUGCCAGAUUUGGGCCUCCUUUCCUAAUGCUUGAAGACAGGAAUAUCUCGUGGGAGCAGCUGCAGCAGAGCAUCCUCAGCCAGCAGUAUUAUCUCAUGGUGAAUGGAUCCCAGGCUCAGAAUGCUGGCGUUGAAUUUAAGGUCAGAGUGGUUGGCGGAUCCGCAACCUACAGCUACUUGUCCCCAAAGGACAGUCGACCAUUGUGCCACCCUGCAGUUGACAGGGCUUUAAAGUCUUGUGGGCCAGGAGGACCUCCUCAUGUGAAGCUUGUUAUUGAGUGGGACCACAGCUCUAAAGAACGUUUGUUUGGCAACAUCCACGAGGAGGUGGUGAAAGACGCAGAGAGCGUGAGGAGCCAGCAGCAGCAACACCUGCAGCAGCACAACUGCACCUUGGACGAAUGCUUCCAGCUUUAUACCAAAGAAGAACAGCUCGCUCCAGACGACGCCUGGAAGUGUCCGCACUGCAAGCAGCUGCAGCAGGGCAUGGUGAAGAUGAGCCUGUGGACGCUGCCCGACAUCCUCAUCCUCCACCUCAAGCGCUUCCGUCAGGUUGGUGAACGGAGGAACAAGCUGUCUACCCUGGUUCGGUUCCCCCUGACUGCGCUGAACAUGGCCCCUCAUGUAGCGAAGAGUAGUCAAAGUAUGAAGAAUCUGCAUUCGGGCUCUUCUUCCUCUUCCCGGAAACAGACUUCAGGUCAAACUCAUCCUCCUGCUGACUCACUCCUCCCACAAGAUUACCUGUACGACCUCUAUGCUGUGUGCAACCAUCAUGGAGGAAUGCAUGGAGGACACUAUACAGCUUACUGUAGGAACUCUGUGGACGGCCAGUGGUACAGCUACGAUGACAGCAGCGUGGAUCUGGUGCCAGAGGACGAAGUGUGUACCAAGGGAGCUUACAUCCUUUUCUACCAGAGACGCAACGUUAUUCCUCCGUGGUCGGCCAGCAGCUCUGUUCGAGGAUCCAUAAGUUCAUCAGUGUCGGACCACUGGCUAAUCAGACUAACAGGGGAGAGCAAGAGAGGCAGCUUGGUCUCUCCUUCCUCCAACAACAUCUCGUCUUUAUCAGACCCUGCAGAGCCUCCCGUCUUCCACAACAAAGACUUUGAAGAAGAAAGGGGUGGCUUUGAAAGCCGCCCGUUUGUGCGAGGGCUUCAGGGACGCAGCGUAAGUAUGAGAGUUCCCUCCAAGCCAAAAGAGAGCCUGAGCAAAAAGUUUCCUUUGCGCUGGUCCCUCGGUUCAAAAGAGAGACGAAAACCUGAGCAAGCGUCUCCUGCAGCGCAAGACCCCGACCCUGCAGAGCUAGUGGAGUACUUGGAGUCUGGUCGGCGACCCCGGUGCACCAAGGAUUCAAUAGUAACCGUGAUGAAUGAGUCGCGUAGCAGCAAAAAGCCCUCUGUGGGUCGGGCAGCCAGUGUCCGAUCUGCAACUGUUGGCAGUAUGAGUUGUGUUGGCAAGAUGGAAGAAGAGCCGCAUUACACUCAGGUUCCAGAGGGACAGAGAAGGCCAUCGGAACGACCGUCAGAGAAGACAUCUGGGAAGACGGCCAGUCUGAGACGGAAAAAGGAAAACGUGGCAAAAGAGGAGAGCUCAGGGAAUAUGAGCGCUAGCUCUGGUAGCAACACCCUUUCCAGGAGGAAGGAGGGCAGGAGGGAGAGCUCUGCUAAAGCUUCACAAGAUUCAGAGAGAAAACUGAGUUCCAGCACCGGAGUUCGUCCCAGUUACAGCAUGUCGAGUCUUCAGGAUGGAACUCUAAGAAGACAAAAGGGAGACAAAGCGAAUAAGGAUCACCACAACUCUGAAGCAGACAAGUCAAAGACAACAAAAGAUGAAGUGCCCAAGAGUCAAGACAGUCUCUUGUCGUUUCUGAAAGGCAACUUCCUGAAGAAGGAUAAGGACUCUAAAAAGUCCAAGGGUGGUGAGUCAGGAAGAAAAGGUGGUGAGGAGGAAGGCAGGAGGACUUUGUCCAAGAUGUCAUUACCUAAUGGAGCAGCUGGAGGAAGAACUGGAGUGGAAGGAAGCAAAUCAAAUAGUUCAGGCCGUCGGACUGAUGAACUGGCAAACGGAAAGUCAGGACGCUCCACUGCUGACAUCAGGCGCUCGCAGAGCUCCUCCAACAUCCCCACCAAAGCAGAGCAAAGCAUUCGCAGGACAGCGUCCUUACAUCGUAACGGGAUGUCCACAACGCCAGCACAGCGUCUGACCUCAGACAAACAGUCUCUGCAGAGGAAUCGCUACAGCACAAACUCACUGGGCCGCAAGAAGACCGUCCCCGAGUCCAGCUUCUGACGCACAGAAGAGACGGGGGCGUCUUUUUGUUCAAAGCAAUAGAGCUUUACUUACAAUGAAGGGAUUUAGUGUUCCCAGAAAAUACACAACUCAAGUGGUUUGCACAAUAAAGAGCUGGAACCUGAACUCUAAAACCUGUGGCCUCCCCAUUAAGACAUAUCAGUGGGAACAUAUUUUAUCAGUACUAUAUUAUGUUUUUAUGAUUUAAAAGAAGUGCCUAAGCAACACAAAUGCAGUUAUAAUGAUUUAUUUUUGUCUAUAUCAUCCUGGACUAAUUUCCUACUAAUGCAGUAUGAAUGUUGAAAGACGUUGCUCCAUUUUUAACUCGAAUGGUUUUAUCAUCAGGGCACAAUGACUGUGUUCACUUAUAAGAAUGUAUUUUCUCUACUUGAUCAACAGCAGUGCUUUGAGGCCGUGUUUUCUGAUUAUUGUUUGAUGAAACCUUUAUGCAUCGAAUCAUCUCCAUAUGGUUAACAAUGCGGGUGUGAUUAUUCAGUGCUUUAACCUUCAGCGAUUGCCUACUGUGAAGAAAGAUAUUAAUAUAUGAUGUAACGAAGAAUGUUUUGUUUUUUUUAAACAUAACACUAUAUUUUUUUUCAGGACUUGAGCCGCUGCUUUUUUUUCUGUAACCCCUUCACGAUGUUUUUUUUGUUUGUUCAUAAUUCAGUGUUUUGCUUGAACUCUAAAAACUUUUGAUGCAUACAUUUAUCUGUGGGAGUACGGUGGUGAAGCACCUGGAAGAGACGGAGAGGUUUUCUUCUUCUUUUUUUUAUUUUUUCUCCCGUCUUUGCUCAAAAUGCAGACAUGUAGCUAAACUGGUUCUUUGUUUGCUGCUGAUGUUAUUUAUGGUGGUAGAAAACUGUCAGCGUCACCAAAACCUAAGACGUUUAAGUUUAUUUCAUGUUUCUGUAUAAAUCAUUCCAUGCACUAUUUUCACGUGAUUUUACAUUUGCUUUUACUGCGUCCUUCUUGUCUUACAAACGGAGUAAAUGACUGGAAAUAUUGCAACAGUUAAAAAAAAAAAAAAAUCCCAAAUUCUCCAACCUGUUUUAGUCCAAGCUGAAUCUUAAAAGAAGAAAUUUGCGUUGCUACACAUAAUUUUAUAAAACUGUUUCCAUCGGUUUGUGCACCUCGCUCCCGUACUUCAUCAAAGUAGCAAAAACCCUGAUGGAUUUGCACUGCAGCCCUCGGGCAACUGGUUCAGUCAUCAGCUGUAAUCACCUCUAUGUUUUUCAUUUAAAGGAAAAAAAAAACAUUUUUAAAUCUCUGUGUUGAAUACUAAUAACAGUGUUUUGCAUUUAGUGUAAGCUCAAGGGUGCUGCUGCCAACUCGGACAACUUUGAUGUCUGAUGCCGGACAACUUUUUCCUGCAUUUACCUGGGAAAUUUUCUAACAUUUUAAUCAGCUGAAAAUAUGUCAUCAGUUGUGUAACCCAAAUGUUUGUAUUUAGACACUGGUUGCCCUACUCAAGAUAUUAAUUUUGCAUUUAUUUUAAUACAUUAAAACUCCAAAGAGGAGCCAAAGCACGGCUAAGGUUGUAGCUGAUUUUUUUUUUUUUUUUUUGGGAAGCUUAACAUUUUAUCUCAGUCUAAUAUUCAUUAGGCUGUAGUAGAGUAGAGAUGGGUUAAAGCUGAACAUAAAAAGCACUUUCAUCAUCUGUCAAGUGGCCAAAUUGUCACAUCAAAAGAGGAUUUUCAAAAGAUGCUUUUUUUAAAAUAAAAAGUCUUUAUGUUUUAGGAUAAGAAGAACAAAAACAGGAAAAAUGCUCAAAGCCUUUGUUGACAUUAUUGUUAAUAUUAUCAAACUGAAGGCCUGGGGGCCAAAUCCGGUCCACCACAGCUUCUUAUUUGGCCCUCUGUACACAAGACCACAUAAAUAGUUUUCAAGAUAUAGAAUUGUGCUUAAAUAUUUUAUUAAUCAAAUCAAGACACUUUUUUAAUCUGUAUACUCAAACGUACAGAUUUGUAUUCAUAUUUUAACAGUUGGUUAACGGGUGCCUUGAAAGUUUAAUUGAAACAGAAACAAUAAAAACACACAACAUAAAAAUGGCACUGAUUUUAUUUUGAGCACAAAAAAGCCAAAAUGUGCAUUUCUUUUUACAUUAAUGUCUUAAUCUGAUGCCAGAUAGCAGUUUCUGUUUCAAACAGAAAAUACGUUAACCAUCUUUUUACACAAAGAACUGAAAAAACACCAGCCUCAGUAAAAUAGUAAGUAUUUAUGUCCAUGAUGCAUAGAGCACAACAUUCCCCUUGUACAUUGCUGAGAAAGUUUUUCCACCUUACAGAUUUAUUUCAUGUUUUUAUUUGUGUCACAUUUACAAGUUUCAAAUCAUUCUAAACAUUUUAUCAUCAGACGGUGACAAUCUGACUAAAUGCAAGUAGUUUUCAAAUAUUGUUUUAUUUAAUAAGUGAAGUUAAAACAACCAACUUGGCUCUGUAUGAAAAAGGGAUUGUCCCCAUGUUGUAACUUGAAUUAACUUUGAUUGAAAUCACUUCAACAAACCCGUCUGACAACAUGAAGUAGGCUGAAAUAUCCCCAAACCAACAUAUAAUGCUCCAAUCUACAGGAUUUAUUAAACAAUAAGGAACUGAUUUACGACACCUGAUCUACACCUGGAGUUUGAGACACAGUGAGAGAUUUUAUCCACAAACACAGUAAACAAAAUCUCCCCAAGAACACAUUGAAAAGUCACACUCAUCUUUUGAAUAGCAUCCAUCCAUGGCAGAGUCUCAGAGGUAAAAAAAAAAUUAAAACAUUUCUGACAAAAACAAAAGACUAGUCACACAUUUACCAAAUCACAAUGUAAUAAUCCUGGAUGACUCACUUUAAUUGACGGAAUUUAAAUUCUGCUCUCUACCAGAAAAUACAGAAGAGAAUGAAGGGAUGAGUUUUUUUUUUUUUACAGUGGGCCCACUUGAUUUUUAUAGUGUUUUUUUUUCCUUAUUGAACUUAAAAGCUGUAUUUUGAAUUUAUGUAGAUGACCUUUGUCUGACUUUAAGAUUUCUUCAAUGUUUUUAAAACCUUAACUGUGACCAAAAAAAGUAAAGAGAUCUGGAGAUGGGAUCCUCUUUCACGCCACUAUGAAUCCUCCUGUCUGUUUCUGUGUGAUUAUGAUUAAUAUGCAGGUUCAGUUGUAGCUGCUGCAGUCGAUGAGGCUGCAAAAUACCUUUACACGGGCAUUCAUUUUUAAGUUUUCUUUUUCCUUCUUUUUUUUAAUUCUUUUAAUUUGCUUGAAUUGAACUUUUGGAAUGAGAGGUGUCUUUUGAUACGUUUAAAAGUUUGCUUUUAAUAAAAGAAGCAUAAUUAAAUACAUGAAGGUGUUUCAUGUGAAGUACUUCAAAUUCUUUUCUUUUUUUUUAAGCGGUGGUUUGGUGUAAACAAAUUUCUUUUGGAGUUUGUAUUAAAUAGUUUGUAGAAUCUGAUUCCUAACUCUGAACUUUGAAAAUAAGAUUAUUGCAAUAGUUAUAACUUUGUCUGAAUAAAUCGGUAUGUAAUAUUACGCACAGUGUGAUGAUUGUUGAAAUAUGUUGACAAAUGAACAAAUAUCUGAACUCUAAAAUGGUAUGAUUGUUUCUUAAUCUGCAGAACAUAAGGGCUCUUAAAAUCUGAUAAUUUUGUCUUUUUUAUAUAUAUAUAUAUAUAUAUUUUUUUUUUUUUUUGUCAUUUCAUUGCGAUACUGUUUGUGGUGAUUAAUCAUCAAUUUGGUCAAUUAGGCAGUGGUACCAUUGUGUAUAUUUUUUAAAGAUUGUGAAAAAGAUUUAUUUUUGUAAAAUUUUGUACAUCUUUGAUAAACGGAUUUAUGAAAACACUACUGCAACGAUGUAAACGUUACUGAAAAUACACGAUUAAACCAGAGUUUCCGGCU